AAGCCACAUACAAACUAAAUAACCACAGCAUACACACUUCAUAUUACUCUGGAAGCGUGUGAUUGCCUCGCCUGCUGGAAUGGCUUCAUAUCUGAACUAUUCAUGCAGACCGCUGCUUCUGCUGUCUCUUUUUGGAGUUUGUUUCGCGAGAUUUUCAAGAUCAGAUGGAGUGAGGUCUGAACUCCGCAUCUUCCAUCACUUGUGCGCCAUGAAGAAAGAUGAAGGGCCGUGCAAGGCAAUGAAGGACAGGUUUUACUUUGACAUCGACACCGGCCGCUGUGAGCCCUUUGAAUACGGAGGCUGUCAAGGCAAUGCAAACAACUUUGAGACCCUGCAAGCGUGCGAGGAAAUGUGUCUUGUGACAGAGAAUAAGAGCCCAUGUCAUCUGGAGGAUGAGCCGGGGCCAUGUAGAGGACUGGUGCCUCGCUAUUUUUUUGAUCAGAAGAGCCAGGAAUGCAAACAGUUCUUUUAUGGUGGAUGCUUUGGGAACGCCAACAACUUCAAGACCAUAAAAGAAUGCCAAAAGAGCUGUCAGCCUGCCGCUGUAUUAAAGUCAGAGGAAGAGGAAGCCAAACCUGUGGCAGAAUCUCCUGCUAAACAUGUUGAGACUGACCUAUUGUCAUCUCUAAAUGAUGAUGCUCAUUUGAACUCACCCCAUUCAGCACUGAGAAGAGUCUCCCAACCAGCUGAACAGGAAGCAGAGUUCAGUCCUCCAGAAUUGUGCAUGAGUGCGGUUGACCGGGGGGAUUGUGACGGCUCUGAGAGGAGAUACGUGUUCAACUCCAGGACUGGCAGAUGUCAAGCCUUUCGCUACACUGGAUGUGGAGGAAACAAAAACAACUUCAUCCACAAAAGACACUGCAUGAAAAUGUGCAUGAAAGAUCAACUCCGGAGAAAGCAAAUACGGAUAAAGACGAGGAACUCUAAUAUCUUAUUCCGAUCUGUCUAGACCAGAUUUCUUUAUGAAACCAAAACCACUCUUUUAUCCACACUGUGUACAUUGUGUGUUGUGGUAGAAGUUUUAGAGACACACAUUACAGUCAUGUAUAUAAUUAACACAAUUAAUGGAUUUUAAUCUGGCCUUCAGAUAUAAAAAAAAACAUUCUACAUAUUUUAAAUGUUAAACAUAAUUUACUACUCUUUUCUGGGGAUGAAAGGACACCUAAAUGCAAAUUCCUCUGCAUUAUAAAUACUCAUAUCUUGUCUUUGUUCACAAUGCCACUUAUGAAUCUAUUUAAUACCGAGUAUUUAUGCCUUUUUAUAAAUAGUUGUUGAGGUUUCUAUAUACCUUUUUCAUCUUUAUGUAAAAUUGUUCUGGCGGACACUAACUCUUUAUAUUCUUUGCACUCCAUAUAUUUC